GCGACUCAAAGCUGUAAAAGCAGACUGUAACCGCUUCAUUAAACGUUUCUUUCAACGCUGGUAGGUUAGGUUAUAUCGUUAUAAUUCGAAACGGGAUCAACGCGAUCACAUUUCAUCAGUUGAGAGGCUCCCACGACCAUAUCAACAUGGAUUGCGGAAUUAUAACAUCCAAAACAGUACUUUUGUUGCUUAGUUUAAUAUUUUGGGCAGCAGGUGGCGCCCUUGUCUACGUCGGCUCCUACAUAAUCCAGAGCUACAACAGCUUCGGAACGUUCCUGGAGGACAAGUACACGCUCAUCCCCGCGGCCAUCAUCAUCGCUGUGGGAAUAGUGAUGUUCGUCUUCGGGACGGUCGGCUGCUGUGCCACCCUCCGAGAGUCCACCAUGGGCCUGAGCUGUUUCCUGAUGAUCAUCCUGGCCAUCUUUGCUGCAGAGGUCGCGGCGCUCGUUUUUGGGUUCAUCUACCAAGGCAGGAUAAGAGGUGACUUGGAGAAGUCGAUGAGCAUUGUGUUCCAGAAGUAUGAUGGCAGUAAUGCGGAAACGCGGGCUGUGGAUUACCUUCAGUCUCAGCUGCAGUGCUGUGGAGUGCAGAACUAUUUGAACUGGACCACCACCCCCUGGUUCAGCCAGUCCAACAACACUGUGCCCCUUUCUUGUUGUAAGGGGAACAACACCCAGUGCACAGGCAAACUGGACCAACUGGACCUGAUCAAUACUCCGGGUUGUGAGGUUAAACUGGAACAGCUCCUCCAGGAUGUGAUGAGUUACGCCAUGUUGGUAAUCCUUGGCUUUGCCAUCAUCAAGUUUUUCGGGAUGCUGAGCGUGUGCGUGAUCACCUGUAAAAGUGCCAGUCGACCUGGCUACCAGCCCCUAUAUGCCUGAUACUACUUGGUCCUGCUGGCUUGAAGGGUGCUUCAAAAGCUUUUCUUGUAAAGCUAGAUCCUGACCCUUGACCCCUCUCUUGGCUUGUUUUCAGCACUGUGAGGUUAUAUAGCAGGGGUACCCCCGACAAUAUAUUUUUUUAGGAUAGAUCCAUGUUUGUAGGAAGGAAAAAAACAGGAACUGUUCUGUUUAUGACAACCGCAUCUAGCGGCUACCGGCGGUUUACUGAGGUGUAUCCUACAUGGGGUCGUGACCCUUAGUUUGGGAAAACCUGUCACAGCCUUAGGACUUGUGUUCCACACGCCAAUAUUUUAUCAUCCUUUGAGGAACAUUGUCUUUACAGUUUUCAUAUAGCUUUACUGGGCAGAUGUCAUCACACCAAACCACCUGGCAACAUUUAAAGCAAUGGGAAACCACAAUGGUUUAAGGUUAAUGGUUUUAUAAUUUGCAACUGUACAUACUAUAAAAAUAAAGCAUACCCGCAGUACAUGGCAUUAGUUCCCUUCAAAGGGUAAAUAUUGUAUUUAGUCAACAAGACUCAAACACAUUUUGGUCACCCUCUGAGGCAAUGAGGUUGUGGAAAAUGAAACCACUCUCAAAUUCAUAGACAAAGUUAGGGACUGAGCAUGCAUGAGGUCACAAUUAUAGUUUUAACACAAUGACUGUUUGUGAUGACUUCCAUACAGUGUUUACAAACAGCUGAGGAAAACCUGAUGUUAGGCUGCAGUUAGGUAAGACGGUUGCACUAUGCUCAAGAGGGAUUUGUAAGUUCUUUAAGAAACAAUGUCUGUAUAUCAUUCAUUUAAAAGUCCCAAAAAGAAUGUGCCAAUCCCAAAUUUCCCCUUUAAAGAUUGCAGUGGUAUUUUGAUACUGUCAAAAAUGAUUUAAAGGGGAAACCAUUAAAAUUCCUGAAAUGUCUGUGCCUUAACCUCUGACUUUUUUUUGGUGUCAAAGCGCAGUGGGUGAGGAUGAGUUUGAACGCGUGUUACAUUAAUUGUUGUUUUAGGUGAUUCGUCAAUGCAUUUUUAAAAAAUGCUGUUGUGUUUAUGUGAACCGUUCAGUUGGUAGUGGGUUUUUGCUGUAAGCCCCUCGUUGCUUGGCAGAGACCCUGAGUAAGUGAGGGGUGCACUAUGACUGACAGUUCAACUAGAGGAGAGGUUAAAAUGUACAGACAAUUCCAGAAUGUGCUGCUUUUCCCCUCUAUGGCUCCAACACGCCCCGGCAAAAGGCUCUCCGUUGUGUCAACACUGUAUUAUAAGAUACAGUGAACCUGGACGGUUAUGAAAGGACUGCCAAGGGCCUUUCAGAUAUCAAUGCUUAUAAUAUGUAUUGUUUUGAAUGUCCAUGCCCAAAGCUGUUUUCUAUGCCAUUGUAGGUCUUAAGUAAUUCAAUGUAUUUCUGUUACAGUAGACAGUUGGACCUGGUUGUGUAUAUUUUAUUUCUAAUGUAUUAAAAGCUAACUACGAAGA